AUGACGUCUCCUGUAGAAGAGGGCAGCUACUAUGCCUUCGGUGCGUGUGGGGCCGACCAGCGGCUGACGUUCCACGAGCGGACUCCAUUCCCCGUGGACUACUUCACUUCGUGGGGCAAGGUGAACAUUGUCGGCCACAACACGAUGCUCAAGGGGUACGCCGGCAUGUGCCAGACAGAGGCCGCAGAGCGACUGCUCGAGGCCAUGCAAGCCUGUGAGGUCGGCAAGGAAUUCUGUGUCCAUCUCCCCGUUCACGGGCGGUUCUGAUCGACCCCUGCCGUCACCGUGUGAACGGGGAGAUGCGCCGGCCGGCCGCGGGAGCAACACCACCCGUUUGUUUUUCUCACUCUUUUCGGUCGCUGGAUCGCGAUGGGAUGCGUGUGUGUGUGUGUGUGUGGUGGGUUGGGUUGGUUUAUGGGGCUGUGUUGUUUUGUGUGUCGGUCUGGCUGUGGCGUUCUGUAGUGUGUCUGUCGUGUCCCGUCUUCCUUUAUGCUCGUUGCGUUGCGCCCAGCGGCCACCGAGCAGUGUGUGGCGGUCACUGAGUGGGGGCGGGACCUGACAUCCCGACCUCCACUCAUGUGAAUGGAGGUGGGGAUGGGUGCGUGUACGGCUCUUCUGGUGCAUGGACACGCACCAGAAGAGCAGUCACUGGCUGACGUGAUGGAGAGGGGGGUAGAGAGAGAUCCAGAUAGACACAGAGAGAUACAGAAAGAGGGACAGGGAAGACAGUAAAGACGGCCUGACUGCCACGCCACGCCACGCCAUGCCAUGCAGGCGUGCGCAGCACCACCCGCUCUCUCACUCAUCCAUCCAUCCACCAACCAACCACGCCACACACACACACACAUACAGAGAGACAGACGCACACCCCAAGACAGCAGCGGUGGUCAAUCCACUGCCUCCCCUUCUAAUUAGGCUGGAUGGCUGACGUGGGAUGGGAUGGCGGGUGUUGGCUGCGUGCGUGCGUCGCGUGCGGUUGUACUGUAGAAGUGGUUGGUGAUGGCGCUUACACUUACAGGGAAAGAAGGGGGGAGAGAUAACCGACCGACUGACUGACUGACUGUCUGCCUGAUUGCCUGACUGACUAUGUCAUGUUGAUAUGCAGUGCCGUGCUUUGUGAGUGACGCUGGUCAGGCCUGCCUGGAUACACACAGACGUCUGCUGGGGCCGUGUGCAGUGCCGUGUGAUCGAUACGCACAAUGGAUGGUGUUUGUAUGCCUGGAUGCCUGGAUGCCUGGAUGGAUGGAUGGAUGUCGAUUCUGCUCCCUCUUGCUGUGUGUACAGACAGACAGACAGACAGACGGACGGACAGAAAGGGGGAGGGAGGGGAGUUUUGGAUUGUGCAGCAUGGUGACACCCUCUCCCCACGAGAGACCUCAGGUCGCUGAACCGAACGAAUGGAUAACACCAGUGUGCUCACCCAUCGGUUGCAACGAAAUACACACCAACGAACGACACAUAGGCAACGUAACUGACACGACGACCGCAUCACCUCACCCACCCUCAAACACGUACCGUUUGCAGAUCACACCCACACACGUGUGGACACAUCACACCACACACGUGUGUGUCCCUCUUGUCUCACUCACUCCUGGCUUUGUCUUUUGUGUGCCC